ACGCGGAUGGAGUCCGGAACUCAAAGUCUGGGUUUCGAGUUUCCGGUCGGAGGGCUCCUAUCGCGCUCCCGGAAGCCACGUCCGCUGCCCGGGUAACGGGCCGGCGCACUGUCUUGUUCCGGCGGGAUGGAGCUGGAGGAGGCGAAAGAGUUAAAAGAGCGCUGUUCUCAGUGUGAUGCUAUCUCUUGGGGUCUCACUGAGGAAGGGAAAUAUUACUGCACUUCCUGCCACAAUGUUACAGAGAGAUCUAAGGAAGUUAUCAACACUGACAUUAUUCCUAACACCAAGAUAAAAUCCAUCAGCAGAGGCCUCAAAAGAAAAAGCAAACUAGAAAAAGGCUGGGAUUGGUAUGUGUGCGAAGGAUUUCAGCACAUACUUUGUCAGCAAGCAGAAGUGCUGAAGACCCUCGGAGUAGCCCCAGAAUUAAAGAAUGAAGUUUUACACAAUUUUUGGAAGCGCUACCUGCAGAAAAGUAAGCAGGCAUAUUGUGCAAACCCGGUGUACACCAGUGGAAGGAAGGCCCAGGUGUUGAAAGAUAAUGUCCAUCAUUCAGACUGGGCGAGUGGGUCUGAACUGCUCAGCGAUGCUAGCUGUGCUUCCAGCCUUGAAAGUGGAGCUGAGUCGAAGUCUGACGUCCCAACACCAAAGCCUUUUCCUGCCCUGAGAACACCACAGUCAGAGUCUCGCUCUGUCCCUGCAGUGGCUGCAUCUGUCUGUUCCGGGUCCCUCGAUGGCAUGGAGUACUCGGAGUGGAAGGAGAAAGGCAUCUUGAAGAUGACAGUGCCGGGGACACUCGCUCUCUGCUACCUGUCCUUGCUGUGGCAGAGAGAAGCAGUGACUCUCUCCGAUCUUCUGAGAUUUGUUGAAGAGGAUCACAUUCCUUACAUAAAGGCUUUUCAGAGUUUCCCAGAAGAGAUGAAGUUGUAUGGACGUGACAAAGGAAUCUUUGCUAUAGAGUCUUGGCCUGACUAUGAGGAGAUCUAUAAACACAUGUUUGAAAUCGCCACGUUUUUAGAUUUGCCCCGUUUUCCAGACAUCACCGAAGACUGCUUCCUUCACCCCAACAUCCUAUGUGUGAAGUAUCUGAUGGAAGCCAACCUCCCUGUGCUGGGGACAGAAGUCAGAGCCUCACACACGCCAGAUGAAAUGCACGGGUUAACCCACCAAGUGACAAAGAUGACCGGGCUGGGGGACGUGGAUUCUCUGACAUUUGACCCGAUAGCUAAAGGUGCCCAAACAGUGAAAUAUGAUGUGCAGGCCAUAGCUCUCAUUGUGGUGGUCUUGAAACUGCUCUUCCUAUUGGAUGACAAUUUAGAAUGGUCUUUGUCUGAUCUCGCUGAAGUCAAUAAUGAAAAGAACAAAACAGAUAAACCAUGGUUCAGUUUCAGAAAGUGGUACCAAGUCAUGAAGAAAAGUGUGGAUGAGAAGAAACAAAAUUGGGAGGAAGCAAGAGCCAAGUACCUGUGGAAGAGCGAGAAGCCACUCUACCACUCGCACAUCGACAAGCCGGGGGCGUCCAAGAGAAGGGAAAUGGUGGUGAAUCUACAGAAACAGUUUAGUACACUGGCCGAUUCAGCACCGACCAUUGAGAAGAAAAGCCCUUCGAGUUUCCAGUUCCACUGGGCCGAAGACGACCCCUCCAGGCCCUGUUUCCAUGGCCACAGCCUCCAGGGCAUCCUGGUAAAGAAAGGCCCAGCACUGGUGACCAAGAAUUCCUUGUACUGGCUGAGCACUCAGAAGUUCUGCAGGAGCUACUGCAAACACGUGACCACCUAUGAAGAAUCCAAUUUCUCUCUGAGCUACCAGUUUAUACUAAACCUCUUCUCCUUCCUGCUGAGGAUAAAGGCCGCCCUUCUCCAUGACGAAGUGAGCUUAAUUGAAAAGAAGCUUUUUAAAAAGAAAUACAGUGAAACAAAAAAGAACUCAAGAUCCAGGAGAAGAUAGA